GGAACCCGAGACAGAAAUCCUCAACAAAUGGCAGUUCUGGAAGAUGUGUUUACGAUAAUUCGAAAUUGUUUUAAAAGGCACGAUGCAGUUACUAUUGACACUCCUGUUUUUGAGCUUAAAGAAGUUCUGACAGGGAAAUAUGGGGAGGACUCAAAGCUCAUUUAUGAUCUACAAGAUCAAGGUGGAGAACUUCUUUCCCUGAGAUACGAUUUGACGGUGCCUUUCGCUAGAUACGUUGCAAUGAACAAAAUAAAGAAUAUUAAGCGUUAUCAAAUAGGAAAAGUUUAUCGAAGGGAUAAUCCAGCCAUGACUAAAGGAAGAUUCAGGGAAUUCUACCAAUGUGAUUUUGACAUUGCUGGUGACUAUGGCCCAAUGCUGGCGGAUGUUGAGUGUGUUCGAGUAAUACACGAAAUUCUCAGUGAUUUAAAAAUCGGGGACUUUGUUAUUAAUGUUAAUCAUCGCAGUAUCCUUGAUGGA